UGCCAAACUACAAAAGAGUAUUGAGAGUACAAGAGAAGCUAUAUUUAGCAACAAAGAAAGAAUUUGAGUCCCAUCAAAAUACCUCCUUCCCCACUAAGGAAACAACAAUAAUCCACUAACCUAGGGAUCAUCAAAUCCUUACAAUUAAAAAUAAACCUUUACAAUAAUUCUCUCUAUAUCUGAAAAAAAAAAAUUAAUACAGACACAAAUGGAGGAUUAUAUAUAUAUAAGCAGUGAUGAUGAUGAAUGGGACAAUAAUCAAGAUUACAAUAAUGAUGAUGAUGAUGAUUGUGAAUUUGAUGAUGGGUUUUCAGAAAUUGAACAACAAAGUAUUGGAAUUUGCCAAAAGGCUCCUUCAUGCAAGGUAAUCAGGAAAGAGUCCCUUUUAGCUGCACAAAAAGAAGACUUGCAAAGAGUGAUGGACUUGCUAUCUCUAAAGGAACAUCAUGCACGGAGCUUGCUUAUUCAUUACCGAUGGGAAGCUGACAAGGUCUUUGCUGUUUUUGUUGAGAGAGGGAGUGAAAAGUUAUAUGCUGAAGCAGGUGUGACACUGGAAGGAAAAGAUGAACUUACUCCCACUCUGUCGACAGCUGAAUUGACAUGUCAAAUUUGCUUCGAAGAUGUUCCUGUUGAGCAGACUACUGUAAUGGACUGCAACCAUAGAUUUUGCAAUGAUUGUUGGACAACUCAUUUCAGUAUAAAUAUAAAUGAGGGCAAGAGUAAACGAGUAACAUGCAUGGCCCAAAAGUGCAAUGUAAUCUGCGAUGAAGGGAAGAUUAGGGAUCUCGUCACUGCAAAAGAUCCUAUUUUGGCGGAGAAAUUUGAUCGGUUUCUGUUGGAGUCAUAUAUUGAUGAUAACAAAAGGGUUAAAUGGUGUCCUAGUGUUCCUCAUUGUGGAAAUGCAAUUCGUAUAGAGGAUGAUGAAUACUGCUGUGAGGUUGAAUGUGCAUGUGGUGUACAGUUCUGUUUUAAUUGUUUAUCAGAGGCACACUCACCUUGUUCAUGUAUGAUGUGGAGACUAUGGAUGACAAAGUGCAAGAACGAUGGGAAGACUGUAAUGUGGAUAAAUGAAAAUGCCAAACACUGCCCAAAAUGUCAUCAUGCUGUGGAGAAGAAUGGGGGAUGCAACCUUGUAAGAUGUAGAUGUGGACAGCCGUUUUGUUGGUUGUGUGGUGGAGCUACUGGUUUUGAACACACGUGGAGUAGCAUUCAAGGUCACACUUGUGGCAUUUAUAAGGAAGGGGAAAAGGAUAAGGCUGCAAAUGUCAGAAAUGAUCUCUUGCGCUAUACUUAUUAUUAUGAGCGGUAUAUGGUUCAUUGUGAUUCUUUGAAGCUUGAAGCAAAUAUGAAGGAAAAACUGCAUUCUGAAGUGUUGCUACUUGAAGCAAGGGAAUUGCAAUCAAAGGACUUCAGCUGGGCCGAAAAUGGAUUAUGUAGACUCCGUCAAUCAAGACGGAUUCUCUCCUGUUCAUAUCCAGUUUCAUUUUACGUUUUUGGUCAGUCUCUGUUCAAGAACGAAAUGACACCAAAAGAAAUGGAAAUAAAACAGAACCUUUUUGAGAACCUGCAGCAGCAACUUGAAAUAAAUGUUGAAAGACUUUCGAUGUUCUUGGAAGAACCGUUUGCUGAAUAUCCCGAAGAAAAGGUUUUGGAAACUAGGAUGAAGAUCAUGACUCUCUCUACAGUAACAGACAACCUCUGCGAAAAGUUGUAUGAUUGCAUUGACAACGAUUUGCUGGUUACACUGGAGCAGGCGACUCAUACCAUAGCUCGGUAUAGUUCCAACGGAGUGGCUAAAGCAUCAGAACUUCCAAAUUGACUUUCCACCAACACUUGGUAUGCGAGUACUCUCAAUCGGAGGCAGGAAAAGCGAUACACGUUGGUUCUCUUGUGAGCAAAUCUAAAAUUUCAUUCUGAAGGGUUCAAAGUACUGCUGCAUCCAAUAUUCUUUUUGACACUUGAUAUGAAUUUAGUCCAGAUUCCUAACUACAUAUAGUACGAGUUGAAGACUCUGUUCAACGUUCACCUCUGGCAGAAGAUGGAUCUGCCUUUGGCGUUCAUUUGUCCACAUAUACUAAUAUAUAACUGACUGAAGAAUACUGUGACAAAAUGGUCCAAACUUGAUACACCUUCCAGCAUUGAGCAAUUUAGAUAAUUUUUAGUAUUUGGAUUUGGUUCA